AUGUCACAGCUUCUGCAAGAUCAACUGCUUGACAUGGGGGCCAAGCCUCUGCCUACUGACUUGAGUCAGGCAACACCCACCGUUGCAGCGGCCAGAGCUGUGGCUGGAUGGCAAAGCAAUAAGCGUGUCCUUCCUCUGGUUCCGGAGUUCAAACAUGUUGUGAACGUCCGUGGCAGCUUCACUGCUGCGUCUAUGCAUGGCCUUCAAGUAGGCUGCAAACUCCCUGCACCAUGGGAGGUACCUGCUUCUGCAAACGUUGACCCGUGCUUCGUGUCGUCCGUGCCACAAGGUGCCAAAGUCCUUCGCAUCCUCACGGUGCCGGGGGAUAGUUCAGAGGAUGCUUCUGACAACUUGAGUGCAGGCCAGGCCGACGGGCAAGACGACUCGCCGGCAGCCAGUUUUCUUCACCGUACAUGUUCGGACCUUCACUCUCCGCCUGAGGAUGCUCACCCUGCUGAGAAGCUUGCUUGCAUCAUGUUACGGUGGAACACUCGCUUCAGCCAAGAGGAGAUGCGAACUCUCUUGGACAUGUUGCCGCAAAAACAUCAGACCAGAGCCAGGGGGAGCUGUGAUGACCAAUCUAAUCAGUUUCUGUGCGGAGCCUAUGCUCAUGGGCCCAUGACGGGCUGCAAAAACUUGACGCGGGAUAUGCCUUGGUGCACUGCUGUGCUUUGCAAGCAUGUUCGCGAUAAUGCUCCGGGUUUUUGCUUCUCUGCCGUGGGCUAUCUGUGCAAUGUGCGUGCAGAAGCCCAUCGUGAUUUGCACAAUGAGCCAGGAACAAAGAACCUGAUCAUGGCAACGCAUGCUUGUGCUGGCGGAGGACUGUGGCUCGAGGAGGCAGGUGGACCUAUUGCAAUGGUCGUCGGGAAAACCCAACGUGCUGGGAGAUUUCACGACUUAGCAGUUGGGAGACCCUUUAUCUUUGAACCGAAGCGUUGGCAUGCCACUCAACCGUGGCGAGGUGACAGAGGAGUGAUCGUGGCAUACACCCCAGUGGGAGUGACCAAACUUGCGACUGCCGACAAAGGGGUCGCAAAAGUACAAAAAGGAAGUAUAACUUUCGGCGUGUACCAUGAGCCGGAGGAGUUCGUGGCGAGGGCGUUGAGCGUGCAACAUCCGUGUCACUUGGAAAGCCUUUUGCCAUCAGAGCUUGUCGAGGCCAUACGGGCGAAUCAUUCCAAAGAUGUUGCUACGCUUGGGCGAGAGCGAACUGAGAUGCUCAAGAAAUGGCUCGCUCGUGCUGAGGAGCUGGAAACUGCCGAAAGCCAGCUCAAGGGAUCCUUCAGCUCCCAUCGACGUCAAGUGUUGUGCAACAAGCGGCUGCUCUUGAUGAAAGAGAUGCUUGACAGUGUGGGACAUGAGGACGAGGACUUGAUAUCUGAUCUGUCAAACGGUUUUGACUUAACCGGUGACGAGAUCGUGGAUCAAGGCGUGCUUGCAGCCACGGAGAAGGAGUUGACCAAAGGCUUCAUUGAGGGGCCGGUGAGUGCCAGCGACAUCCCUGAUGAUGGGACGGUCACUCAUCGCUUUGGAGUGAUUCAAGGAGAGACCGAGGAAGGUCCCAAAGUUAGACCAAUCGAUAAUUACUUGAGUUCGCUUGUAAAUUCGGUUGUAUCCCAAAGUGAACAAGUGCCCGUUCACACGAUAGACGUAGUUGCUGGCAUGUUGGCGAUGUGGUUGCACUUGUCUCCUUUGAAGUCCUUGCGUGCGGGACUUGUGUGCAAAUGUUGGGACCUCAGUGCCGCGUACAAGCAACUGCCGCUUAGUGACAAGAGUUUCGAAAAGGAUAGCUUUUUCGUAAUCUUCUGUCCCCGCACUCGCAAGCACGUCAUCUACAAGCAGCGGGUCAUGCCCUUCGGGGCAAAAGCCUCAGUGACCGCCUUUAUCCGUUGUGCAUUCGGGAUUUGGCGGUUGGGGGUAAAAAUGUUUGCCUUGGUCUGGAGUUUUUAUUUUGACGAUUUCCUAUCGGCCUGCAAGCCUGAGGAGCGCCGACAUGUGGAAGUCGUGAUCAGCACUCUGUUUCGGCUACUAGGUUGGGAUCUUUCACUAGAUAAACUUUUGCCUUACGACGUGUGCUGCAAAGUUCUUGGAAUCAAGAUUGACAUGUCUGAAGCUCGCCUGGGGCUCUUCAAGUUGGCGAACACCGAAAAGCGUGUGCUUGAGUUGACUGCUGCCUUGGACGAGGUCUUGUUAGCUGGCAGGUUGUCGCAUUCUGACUGCGAGAGGCUUCGUGGUAGGCUGCAGUUUGCUUCGGGCCAGUUGUUCGGUCGGAGGGCGAAGGUUGCUCUGCAUCAGCUUAGCCGGCAUCACGGAGGUCGGUUGAGUGAGGUCACUUCCGAGGCGUGCCGCUUCUUGAGGCGUCUGGUUUCGUCAAACCAGAGCCGCUCGAUUAGUCGGCAACUGGGCAAUGUUGUGCAUGUGUAUGUGGAUGCAUCUUUCAGCGAUGAAGGCAAGCUUUGUGGCAUCGGGGGCAUGGCAUAUGACCAUAAAGGCUCCUUGCUCCAAUGGUUCGGUGAAAACCUUGAUGCUUCGCUUGUUUCCCAAGUCAUGACGUCCUUUGAGCGUGUCAAAGAGACUGUCAUCUUUGAGCUGGAGGCUUUGGCGGUAUAUGUUGCGCUGAAGUUUUUCUUCAAAGCUCUUAAGGGCAAGAAUGUGGUUGUGUUCACCGACAACGAAGGUGUUCACGGCGCCUUCGUAAAGUGCUGGACAGUGAGUCAGUUUGCAACGCAUGUUAUCGAUGCGGUAUGCGCGAUUGAGGAAAGCCUUGGCUUUAUGAUUUGGUACGAUCGAGUUCCAUCUGUGAGUAAUCCUUCGGAUCCGCUUUCGAGAGGAGUGUGGAACCUGCCGACACCUGUGCGUGUUAGGCCUGCGGCAAAGUUCUUCGAAAGCCUUCUUGAGGAGUCGAAGUCACGACCGAAGUGA